AUGACCCCUGCCGCCGGCAGCUGUGCCGCGCCCCGGCUGCCCCCCUGGCAGGUGCCGCCCCCGCCGCCGCCUCCCGCCGCCCCACCGCGGGACCCGAGCCCCAAGGACUCCUGGCGGCCCAGGCUGCGGCUCCGCGCCUCCACCGCCACGACCUGUGCCCCGUCGGACGGCGGCCUGAGCCCAUGCGGGCGUGGCAGCGACGGCGAGCCGGCGGAGGCGGCCGGCCCGCCCGGCGGCGGAGGCUGCGCGCUGCCGCUCGUGGUGAGCAGCCUGGCGUGGCACCUGCGCGUGCGGAACACGUUCUGGGAGCUCCCCGUCGAGCCCGAGGGGGGCAGCCCGCGGUGCCGGCGGCGCCCGCGGUCCGCGCCGCCUCCUGGGCGCCCCGCCGAGGGAGCGGAGCGGGGCCCGGAGGAGCCAGGCUCGAGCGAGCACGUCGGCGACGAGGGUCUGCCCUCGCUCGGGUCCCGGCGGCACGCGACCGGCGCGUGCCAGCCCUGCGCGUUCCUGUACACCAAGGGCUGUGCGAGCGGCGUGCUGUGCCAGUUCUGUCACCUCUGCGAUGAGCAGGUGCUGAGCGCGCGGCGGAGGGCCCGCUUCGGCGAGAAGCGCGCUGCGUGGAAGGAGUUUCGAAAGCAGGACCGCCGCUUGGCCGCUGCGGAGCGGCGACAGCGGCGACCGCUGGCCGGUGGCCGCCGCGGAGAUGGGGCCGCUCAGCUCGGUGGUCCCUGA